AUGGUAGCACAAAUUUAUGUUGAUGAUAUUGUACUUGAUGGGAUGUCAGACUCAAUGUUGGAACAUUUUGCCCAACAAAUGAAAUCUGAAUUUGAGAUGAGUCUAGUUAGAGAAUUCACAUAUUUUCUUGGUCUUCAAGUUAAGCAAAUGGAUGAUAGCAUCUUUGUUUGUCAAGGCAAGUAUGCUAAUAGUAUAGUGAAGAAGUUUGGACUUGACAAUGCUAGCCAUAAAAGAACUCAUGCUGCUACACAUGUGAAGGUGACCAAAGAUGAAAAUGGAGUUGAUGUAGAUCAAAGCUUAUCUAGAAGCAUGAUUGAGAGUUUGCUCCACCUCACAAAAAGUAGACCUGACAUCACUUUUUGUAGGGGAUAUUGUGAUGCUGAUUGGGCCGGAAGCGUGGAUGAUAGAAAAAGUACAUCUGGUGGUUGCUUCUUUCUUGGGAAUAACUUAAUAUCUUGGUUGCAAAAUUUAGUCUUAUUAUCUAUAGUUGAAGCUGAAUAUAUUGUUGCAGGAAGCAGUUGUACAUAA